AUGACCGCAAGGUCCACGCUGAUCCCAGAGGCAUUUACUCACCCACGUAGUGUGGUGACUGCAGUGACGGAGGCUUGCUGGUCCCAGAAUAAUGUCCGCUUGCUCUGUUACAUCCCACAACUGAUUCUCAGGGCUUGGGGGCUGGAAAAUGCUCGGCAGGAGGCAGCGGCCGCUGCGGCGCUGGGCUGGAGAGAAGGCGGCGGCGUAAGGGUCCAGCGGCGCUGGAGACUGGGGGGUGGGGGCGGAGCAGCCAAGGCAGGCUCGUGCUGGGCCCAGCGCGGGCUCCAGGCUGCGCAAGCGAGGUACCCGGGUCCCCGCCUCCGCCCCGCCUCAGCCGACGCCCCCGAGCCACGGAGGGGAAAGCGGCCGCGGGCCCGGGCCUGGGCCUGUGAGCUCCGAAUCCUGCGCCUUCCUGCCGCCUCCGGGCUGGGGGCCUCCAGGGGCGCGGGGAGAGAACGGGGGUAUGCAGGGACGCAACGGGGGUGUGCAGGGCCGCCUGGAGGUCCGCUGCCGCCUCCUCUCGGCUUCAGUCUGCAGGCAGCUCUUCCCCACCAGAGCGCGGGGCGCCCCCGGCCAGGCUCGCCUCUCCCGGCGCCCGCCUCGUUUGAAAACACGGCCUUUCCCACGCGCUUCCCGCCGGUUCCGCCCGCGCUGCGCUCCGCUCUUCGUUCCUCUGCUGGCCCUUCGCUCUCGGCGUCCCACACCAUCUCCUUCCUCGUCGACGGCGUCCUCUUCUGCUCCCACCCCGGCCUCCCGCCUGCCUUCCAGCACCAUCCCUUUCGGAUGUCGUUCCUCACAGUGAAGAUUGUGGAGAGCAGUCUUCAGCCUGAGACCCAUCCCUAGGACGCAAUUGGAGGAACUGGUUAUUUUACCAAGGCUUUGAC